AUGGUUCGAGAGUUGGAGUUGCUUGAACAAUUCAGAGAUAUGAGUUUAGUAUGUGAAAAAACUCCUACUAGUGUGAAGUUAGUUGCGUUGAAACGGACUAGUGGUAUUCUGAAAGAGAUUAGAGAAGGGAAAAAGAUUGACUUAGGAUUGGUGAACCUUUUAGUGUUGAUCAACCAAUGUAAGAGUGGUGACUUCCAAGUUGAUGAGAAUGGUGUGACGAGGUUCAAGGAUAGAGUGUGUGUUCCUGAUGUACUUGAGCUUAAGAAGAGUAUCCUUGAGGAAGGACACUGUGGUAAGCUAAGUAUCCAUACAGGUGCUACCAAAAUAUUGACCAAAUCGGCUCAUUUUAUACCGUUAAGAUUCAAUUAUUCUUUGCAAAAGCUAGCUAAGUUGUAUAUUGAGAAGAUUGUCAGUUUGCAUGGUAUUCCUUCAAGCAUUAUUUCUGAUAGAGACUUAAGGUUUACAUUAAGUAUUGGAAUGGAACCAUAUCAGACAUUGUAUGGUAGGAGGUGUAAAACUCCUAUGUGUUGGUAUGAGACAAGCGAGAGUGUUAUGAUUGGACCUAAGAUUGUUUAA